AUGCCUUCACAUAUUUGCCCAGUGCUAGGACGCAGUUCUUACAUUGAUGACAUUGCUCAUGGUGUGAAAACAUGGGAUCAACUUUGUGAGGAUCUGAACACUUUGCUCUAUCACUUACGUUACUGGAAUAUAUCGGUGAGCUUACCAAAGAGCGAGUUUGGAAAGCGACCAAUCCCCUAUCGGUCACAUGAUAUUAGUGCAGAAGGUAUCCGAGCGACCCCAAAAGUUGCGAAGGGUGUUAUGGAUCUACCGUUCCCCAAAUAUCACAAAGGUGUGCUAUCGUUUCUUGGAAGUCUGAAUUACUACCAUAAGUUCAUUGAAGACUUUCCGGUAGUGGCAGCAGUUCUUUAUGAUUUUUUAGAAGAUCGGAUACGUCAGGGACGAGACCUCUCACGAGCUCAUGAAUCAUUCGAACUGCUUAAAAUGAAAAUCGUGCGACUCCAAUGCAGAGACAUCCGGACAUCCAAAAGCCAUUUGUGA